AGGUCAUUUUCUUUCUUUAAUUGUGUUCUUCUUUCCUCUCCUCUCCUCUCAAAUUUUAUUCCAUCGACGCCGGAUGACGGUUUAGAUCAAAGAUUACCUAGGGAUUUCUCUGCGGUCACCGGACAUGCCAACGACGGCGGCGAGCAACCGGCCGGAGGACCUGACGGAGAGAUUAAGCGAGGUGGGUGGCGUGGGUAAGGGAGAAGCGCUCUUGAAGGUCCUUCGGGAGGUUAAGAACCAGAUAAUUGGAAACAAGACGAAGAAGCUUCGAUACCUUCAUCUCGGCGCUGUCCCUAAGAUCGUCUCAGUGCUCGCCGCGUUCGCUUCUGAUGGCGGUGAUUCGGCCAUCAUCGUGCAGGCGGCUGCCGUUAUCGGCAGCUUCUCGUGUGGAGUGGAGGAUGGGGUCCGGGCGGUGGUGGAGGCUGGUGCUGUUCCGCAUCUUAUUCGAAUUUUGUCCUAUCCAGAUGAAAAGGUCAUUGAUGCCGGCGCACGGUCACUUAGAAUGAUAUUCCAAUCAAAGCUUGCACCCAAAUAUGACGUCCUUCGGAACAAGAACAUGAUGUUUCUGCUUUCACUCCUUAAUAGCAACAAUGAGAAUGCGAUUGAACUUGCUGUUAGGAUCAUUGCACACUCCUGUGACAAAAAUGAGGAGCAGAAUGCACUUUGUGAUGCUGGAGUUUUGCAGAGACUUGUUCACCUGCUUGAAGGAUCUCUAAAUCAACGAGAUGCUAGCUUAGGUUCUAUAGUUGCAAUAGUUAAAAAUAACCGUGAAGUUGCCAUGGCAUUUGCGUCUAUUGAGAAUGGAAAAGCUUUGAGUGCCUUAACUGAGCUAAUACAUGACCGAUAUCCUCAAACAAGAUAUCUUGCCUGCAUGUGCUUGAUUGCCAUUGGACAACUUUCCUGCUAUGCACAAGAUCUGCAAACUAAAACCAAUCUUAUGCUUGUACUUGUUGAACUUCUUGAAGAUUCCAGCCAUGUUGGAGAUGAUUCUCCCUUUGCACUUCUAGAUAUAAUUACAGACAAAGAAGAGCUUCAACUACAGGCAAUUGUCAUAAACGUAGUUGAGAAGCUUUGCAACUACUUAGAAAAGAGUCCAAUCCCACCAAGACGUCUUCAGGGAAUAUUGCUUGCAUUAGCUGAACUUUGCUCCAAGUCAGAAAUAUGCAGAUGUCAGUUAAUUUCUCCGCAGUUCUUGAAUACAAUUGUCGAUGCACUAAAACAUGUGUCUGCUGGAGUGCGCAUUGCAGCAUGUACGUGCAUAAGGAACAUUUCUCGGUCUGUGAAGAAUCUUUGUGCAGGCCGUCUAUCCAAUGAAGCAGUUAUUAUUCCACUGUUUCAGCUAUUGAAUGACCCAUCUACUUCUGUACAGGAAGCUUCGCUUGGUGCUAUUUGCAAUGUGGCAAUUGAUUUCACUGCCAAAAAAUCUGCGCUAGUUAAAUAUGGCGGUGUGCCACUUCUUGUGCAGUUAUCCAAAUCGAUAGUUCCUACUCUAAGAUUAAAAUCUCUUUGCGCUUUGAGGAAUCUAAUGUUUAUUUCCGAUAGAAUCGGGAAAGAGAACAUUAUUUCAGAGCUUACCAUACCUGAACUGGCUAGCCUGAUUUGUGAUUCUGAGCAUCUCGUACAGGAACAGGCAAUGGCACUUGUAAGCAAUCUUAUCCAUGGAUGUGUAGAUUUUAUCAGGCUUGUGUUUGCAGAAGAUGGCUUAAUUAUUAAUGCUGUUAUCAGACAGUUGAGAAGUGAUUAUUCAACCCAAGUUUGUAUUCAGGGGAUGCUUUUGCUCUGCAACGUUGCAGCUGGAGAUGAAUCUCAUAAAGAAGCAGUGCUCAGUUAUCUCAUUCCUUCAAAAGCUGAAGGCUGCAGCUCCUUAAUAGUUAGUUUCUUGCAGAGCAAGGAUCAGUUCCUCAGAACAGCAGCCGUAUGGUGCAUUCUUAACCUUACUGACCCAGCUGGUAUAAACUCACCCGUUCGGGUUGGAAGACUCGUCCAAGAGGGAGGCAUAUUACUCCAAAUUAAGACCAUGGUGAAUGACCCCUGGUUGGAUUGCAAGUAUAGAGUCAGAAAGGUUCUUGAACAAUGUAUGAUCACUCAGAAUACCAAAUGUGAAGCACUAAUGAGUUGCAGUUGAAUAACCAGACUUCUGGAGAGAAUUUUACUUCUGAAUCAUUGGGAUGUAAAUGCCAACACCUUUCCAUCAACCAGUGUUUAAGCUCAUCAGCAGAAAUGUUUGUAUUGCUUGAAAGAUGUAAUUGCUCAUGAUCUAUGGCUGUGAUGAUUCAUCUCUUCGUCUUCAGAAGUUUACUCGGGAAUGUGUAAAGUUGUUUUGAGAUGAACUUUCUCUGACUCGAUCUUUGUAAUCCAGAUAAUCAGUGCUGUUGAAUUUAGAUAAUUAGUCAUCUUCAAUUUUUUCUUCU